AUGGCACCUCCGCGCGUAAGACUUGCUAUAGUUCGCCAAGCUGAUGAAUACCAUAAGUAUGACCACUGGCAUAUCCGGAACCCUAAGCUUGGACUAGAUCCUACAGUUGCUUCAGUAGUCAUCGUGCUAAGCACCCUCUUAUUCAUCCUUCCCGUUGCCUGGAUGAGAAUGAUGGGGCCGAAGACUGGCAUGAGUCAAAUGGCUCAGACUAGAUACUACUUCUGCUACUACCUUUCCAUCGGCAUUGCGCUGCUACAAAUCGCCACCUUGAUCGGUUACACCAUCAUGACAUCUAUUGUCAGUGGGUCGACUCUCACGGCUGGUUCUGAAGGCGACCUCAGCUUGAUUUUGGGUAUCACAAUCAGUGUUGUUGGCGCACUGCCCAUAUCCUUCUUGGGCCACAAGUAUCUGCAUUACAUUGAUUGA